UCGUCACCGGCAAAAAGUUGCCGAGAAUUGUUGCCCCCUACAAUGCGAUGCUUACACUGACAAGCAUCGUUGUACGAUCAUUCUGACUUUGCUGACAUUUUCUUGCGGAGAGAUCUUUACAUACCUACUACUACCUUCCUUUCAUUCGUUUUUUCUUGUCAACAUCAUCCUCACGCUCUCGCCCGAUGGCUAACUCCAGCCAGUUGUCAUGUGGUCUAAUAAUCAGUCUUCAGAUAGUGGACAGACGUCCGACGUAGAGGGACAACCAAACGAGUCUCGGGAAAAGCCAUCUCCGGACACUGAGAAAGGCGAAAUCAUUGUCGAGUGGGAAUCCAACACAGAUCCAGAAAAUCCUCAAAAUUGGUCCACGGGCUUCAAAUCAUGGAUCACCUGCCAGUUGGGCUUGCUGGCAUUUGCUGCCAGUUUGGCUUCCAGUAUCAUCUCUCCGGCUAGCACCACGAUUGCAGAUUAUGUCAACGUUAGCCAAGACGCCAUUGUUUUGAACGUCUCACUAUACAUUGUUGGAUUUGCAUUUGGCCCUCUCUUGUGGGCUCCCAUAUCUGAGGUCUGGGGUAGACGAGUGUCGAUGCUCCCGCCCAUGACAUGUCUGGCUCUAUUCUCUAUCGGCACAGCCACUAGCCACAAUGUUGCAUCAGUAUUUAUCACUCGGUUCUUCAGUGGCCUCUUUGGCUCAGCCGCUGUCAGCAAUGUCAAUGCUGCGUUAGGUGACAUUUGGUCCCGAGAAGCUCGAGGUACCGCCGUCAGCUUCUACGCCGUUGCUGUUGUGGGAGGACCAACACUGGGGCCCACCAUCGGUUCCGCUAUUCUCGUCAACCCAAACAUGGGCUGGCGGUGGACCGAAUACUUCACAGCCAUCUUGAAUUUUGCUGUGGUUGGUCUGACUUAUUUCUGCAUGCCAGAGAUGUAUCCACCAGUCUUGCUGAAGUGGAAAGCUCAACGCCUGCGCAAGGAGACCGGAAACAACAAGCUAUACCACCCCCAGGAGAGAAUCAAGGUCGAUGUCAAAUCAAUAGUAACCAAACAGCUCUCUCGACCUCUCAUCAUGCUCAUCACCGAACCCAUGGUCACCUGCAUCGCCUUUUACGCCUCCUUUGUUUAUGCCAUUCUCUAUCUCACCUUAGCGAUAUUCCCCGUGGUUUUUGCAGACCAAAGGGGCUGGUCUCCCGUCAUAUCAUCGUUACCCUUUCUCGGGUUGUUUGCUGGUGUCAUUUGUGCAUUGGGCAUCAAUUUAGGCAACCAACCACGUUAUAUCCGCAAGUGUCGUGCUGCUCAGGGAAAACCUGUGCCAGAAGCUCGACUUCCUCCUCUUGCCGUUGGCUCCAUUCUCAUGGUCAUUGGCCUGUUCUGGUUUGCAUGGACAGCAGCCCCUCAACAUCAUUGGAUUCUUCCCGUGGUUGCGACGGUAUUCGUGGGCGCUGGUUUCAACGUUAUCUUCCAGCAGUGUGAGUUAUCCCUAUGUCCUCAGCAAGCCCUCCUGUUAAUUGACUUUCAUAUCCAGGCAUCAACUAUCUUGUCGAUGUGUAUGGACUGUACGCCGCCAGUGCCACGGCCGCAAACACCUUUCUUCGAAGUUUGAUGGCCGCCGGAUUACCAAUGGCGGCACGACCAAUGAUACGAAGCCUUGGAGUUGGUUCAUCCGUGUCCAUCUUGGGCGCUGUUGCGACUGCCCUCUUGCCAGUCCCUUUUGUAUUCAUCAAAGUUGGUCUGAGCCUAAGGAAGAGGUCCAAAUUUGCUCCAUUACCAGAUGACUGAAGGAUGUGAAGUCAGAACGAUGAUGAAUGAACCGGUCAUCAAGCCAUAUGGUUUUGGCCAUUUAUGUCGUACGAUAAUUGCCAGCUCAGAUAGAUAUGUACAUCUUAUUUGUACAACAGCCAUGCUCACGGGCCUUUUGGGUGGUAUAUUCGAGGCCGUGUCGCGACUAGGACCUCGUUUAUUUGCCCUAUCGGUGUUCGGAGAUUAUAUAUUGCUCACCCUCGUACAUCACUGGCCACCAAACUGUACACAUGAGAUCUGGGUAGAAUUCCACCACCAUGUAGACCAUGCGACACUGGCGUCGAUGAGACACAC